AUGCUGAGAGAUUUUGCUUCAUACAAAACAUUUGGACUAGAUAAUUUUGAAGUAAAAGCGAAGUUUGCACGACGUCCACAAGUAGUGCGAAGGCUGAUGUCAUCGAAAUCUAUUGCUAUCUCACCGUCUGUUUAUCCAUCACCCCGUCGUGACGACACAAUCAUAGAUGAUUUUCAUGGUACCAAGGUUACCGAUCCCUAUCGCUGGAUGGAGGAUCCAGAUUCUGCUGAAACUCGCAAGUUUGUGGACGAGCUCAAUGCCAUAUCUGCACCAUUCAUUGCUGAGGCCCCAAGUCGAGAGAAGCUCAGCGAGAGGCUAACGGAGUUAUGGGAUUACGAAAAGUACAGCUGCCCAUCAAAACGUGGACUUUUCUACUACUACAGUUACAACUCUGGGCUCCAGAACCAGUACGUCAUAUAUCAACAGAAAUCUUUAAAGGAGAAGGGUGAGGUUUUUCUUGACCCCAAUGCUAUGUCAUCGGAUGGAACUACAUCUAUCAGAAUAUCUGCAUGGACCAAGGACGGAUCGAUUUACGCGUAUGGGUUAAGUGAGAAAGGUAGCGACUGGGUGACCGUCAAGUUCCGCGGUGCUGACAAGCAAGAUCUAGAAGAUGUCAUAACUGGAGUAAAACAUUCAUCUCUCUCCUGGUUGAAAGACAACUCUGGAAUUUUCUACUCCAAAUAUCCCGAACACAAGACGGCUACUGAGGGUACUUCUGUAGAAAAACACAAGUAUCACUCGCUAUACUUUCACCGUACAGUAACAGAAGAUGGGCGAUACUUGAUUAUUGAUGUGUCACGUGGCUGUGAUCCGUAUAAUUUGCUUUACUACUACGAUCUAUCCGCCAUGAAUGGUACUAUCGGGAAGAUCAAACCUACACCUCUGUUUGAGAAACUGGAUGCCAAAUAUGAU